CACUCCCAACUAGCCACUAUAGUGAGGAUUUAAGUCUCUGAUCCAUUGCCUACAGUAGAUGGCGGUAAUGCUCUGGAAAAGAAUGCGAACCGCCAAUAAGCACGAAGAAGAAGAAGAAGAAGAAAGCCGCAAGCACGCGCAAUGCGCGCGCACGGUACAUAGAACACCUGUGCGCGCUUCCACAUCAGAGGACUAAAGAGGCCAUUUAUUUACCAUUUCUGAAGGAAUAUGUUUAUUAUUGUGAAAAGAAGACAGAUAGCAUCGGUAAUCUUUUCCGAAGGGAGAGUCUGGACAUGAGCAGGUGUUUGAUGUUUGCUCCCGUCUGCAGCGCAGGAGGAGAGCACGAGCCUCUGAUGCGCCGCCGUCAUUAGUUCAGUGUGUGUGUGUGUGUGUGUGAGAGAGAGAGAGAGAGAGAGAGAGAGAGAGAGAGAGAUGUCUCUGCCGGCUCGAGUCAUGCGCUGUCUCCUGCUGCGGCCGGAGACCCUGCUGCUCUUCUGUCUCAGUCUGGCUCUCUGGAGUGUCCUCUUCCACACGGAUGAGGGGAAGACCAUCGUGCGCUCGAGCCGCGACGCGGUCAACAUGAUGAAGGGCAAGGUGGCGGAGAUGAUGCAGAACGAGGGCGCUGCUCCGGACGCGCUGGACGAGGAGCUCUCCGGGACCUGGCAGCUCAGGAGCAGGAGUGCGGCGGUGUACUCGAUCCAGGGCAGGAGGGACCACAUGGAGGACAGGUUUGACAUUCUCACGGACACACUCAACAACAGCCAUCCGACCAUCUUUGGCGUCUUCGAUGGACAUGGUGGAGAGACAGCAGCAGAGUAUGCCAAGUCACAUCUUCCCGUCAUGUUGCGGCAGCAGCUUCAGCGUUACGAGAAGCAGAAGGAGAACAGCGCUGUGACCCGCCAGUCCAUCCUCAAACAGCAGAUACUCAACAUGGACAAAGAGAUUAUGGAGAAACUGUCGGCCUCCUAUGAUGAAGCCGGCACCACGUGUCUGGUGGCUCUGCUGUCUGAGAAGGAGCUGACUGUGGCUAAUGUUGGAGAUUCGAGGGCGGUUCUGUGUGAUAAAGACGGUAACGCUGUCCCGCUGUCACAUGACCACAAACCCUACCAGCUCAAGGAGAGGAAGAGAAUCAAGAAAGCAGGUGGCUUCAUCAGUUUUAACGGCUCAUGGCGUGUGCAGGGCGUUCUUGCCAUGUCACGUUCACUCGGCGACUACCCGCUGAAGAACCUGAACGUGCUGAUCCCUGACCCCGACGUGCUGACCUUUGACCUGCACAAGCUACAGCCUCAGUUCAUGAUCCUGGCGUCAGAUGGACUCUGGGACGCCUUCAGCAGCGAGGAGGCCGUGCGUUACAUUAAAGAGCGUCUGGAUGAACCGCACUUCGGUGCGAAGAGCAUCGUCCUGCAGGCGUUUUCCCGCGGCUGUCCAGACAACAUCACCGUGAUGGUGGUCAAGCUCACCAAGAGAGGCUCCAAAGCCGCCGGACAGUGAAGGAGACGUGAAAUAAUGAAAUGAAAACACAUAUUUGAAUGAAUGAGUGACUGGAUGAAUGAUGAACAUUACGCCUAAGUUUAACGUUAGAUAAAAACACAUUUUUUGGAGAAGCUACUGUUUGUAUUUAAGUUGAAUGCAAUUAUUCCUCAUGAAAGGAAUUGUUCCCUUAUGGAACACACAAAUACACUUUUUGAAGAAUCAAUACACAGCUCUUUCAUAAAAAAUAAAUAAAUAAUAAAAAAAAAUCAUUAUCAUAAUUGUUCAAUCUGAUGGACUGAGUUGUGAAGUUUUCAUGUCAUGUUUGGUUUAAUUUUCCUGGUUAUUAUAUACGUGCUAUUUUCAACACUUAAAAGUAGGUUUCCUUCAGAAGUAACCCAGCUAAUAUGUAUGGUAUGUUAAAUAAAGUUUAAAAACUGAACUCAUGCGCUACUGACGAGCAUGAGUCUGGAGAAACACGUAAGCUGUGAUAGUGACCACGUCUGUAAGACUCCAUAUAAAACAGCAAUAGACCCAAACUACAAAUCAUUCAUUGAAAAGAUUCCUCUUGCUGCAGACGUGAGCACUUUUAACUGUCCAUAACCCAUAAUAACACUUUCUCCAGUG